AUGGCAAAAAUGACACUCAGCAGAUGGAGCUGCUGCCAAAUCAGAUCCUUCGCAAACGCAAAGUUCCAGAAAAACACAAAAUUUGGUGAAGAACUACUCAAGUACCACCACGAGCAGUACGUGGAUAAGGCCCACUCCAGACCAGACUUAUAUUUAAAGGGUAGCGAAAAUAAGCAUGCCCAUGACAAAAGGUUAAGGAGGAACAUCCCCUUCGUCUACAGUAAUGAAGUUAAAAAUUUAGGAGAGCUGAAAGGCAAGCCUCUUACCCUUGUCAACGUGAAGAACGAAAAUGAGGAGUCGUUCGGGGUGGCUACGUUCAACCCCUAUGCGCUAAUCACCGCCAGGAUAAUAAGUACCAAUGCGCUUUUUUCCGUUAACGUGAAUUUCUUCGUGGAGCGGAUGAGGAGAGCCUUGGCGUGGCGUUCCAAGGUGGUUGAGGGGGGGAGGCGCGCCAACUGGGGGGGAGGCCUCACCGGGGGUGAAAGACCCAACGUGUGUGAAGUGACCAACUUGGGGGGAGGCCUCACCGCGGGCGAACCGCCCCUACUGCCCAGCGACACGUGCUACCGACUCAUCAAUGGCGAAGGAGACAAUCUCCCCGGACUCAUCAUCGACCGAUACCAUGACUACGUCGCCAUUCAGCACCUAACCCUCGGAAUGGAGUUGCUGGCUGCCACCAUUAACGAGGCCCUCCUGGAGGUGCUAAACCCGAAGGCUAUCCUAUUCAGGAAUGACAAUAAGGAAAGAUUAAAUGAGAGGCUACAAAUAUACAAAAAAAUUGCACACGGAAAAUUACCUGAACAAGUCAUGCUAACAGAAAAUGAUUGUUUUUUUUUUAUAGAUAUGAUCAACUCACCAAACACAGGAUGGUUUCACAACAGAAGACAUUUAAGGCAACUCCUCUCCGAUUAUGCAUAUGACAAAAAAAUUCUGGACUUGUUUUCCUAUGUAGGAAGCUUUGGAAUUCAAUGCGCAAAAAAGGGAAAGGCUAAAAAGGUCCUGUGCGUAGAGAAGGAUAGCAAGUUUACCCAGCUAGCCAAAAAGUCAGCUUACCUGAACAACCUCACAAGUAGUGACAUUGAAUUUGUUUGCUCCGAUGCAAUUGCCUUUUUGGAAAACUGCAAAGAACUCUUUGACAUUAUCAUUUUGGACCCCCCCAAUUUAAUCCCCAAGUCGAAUCUCAUCUUGUCAGGGACUAAAAGAUAUAUUCAACUCAUCCAGCUAGCGAAAAAUUACGUCUCUUCCAAUGGCCUACUGCUAAUUAUUUUCUCCACCAAAUUGUGCUCCUAUCAAGACCACAUAAACAUGAUUAAUGAGUCCUUUGUAGAUUCGAAUAGGACUGUUAGGAUUGUCGGCCAAGGGCGCGCUUCCCCUGACCACCCCGCCGACUUGUCCCUCUACCUCUUCGCUGACUUCUACUGGUUCAUCCUGCAGCUCUCCUGAAGGGGGGAGAAGCGGGGGUGGAGCGCAGGUAGCACUCAGUGAGGGAUUCCUAUCAGCUGUGCAUCAGCGGUACAUCAGCCGCUUAUAUCAGCCGCGUAGCAGAGGCGAAUAAAGCCAGGUUAACUGCCCGCACGUGAGCCUCUUCCAGUCAGGGGGCCCCUCCUCCGUUCAAGUCCACCCACUGCUCCAGCACGACACCUUCACAGUUUUCCCCUCAUGCGCAACGUUGCUGAUGCGCCAUUGUUUUAGUUCCUCGUUUGCUCGUUUUGCGUUGGCCAGGUUAUCAGCGUGGCGAACUUGGCCAGUGUUUCCACACCAGUCAGUGCUGCCACGGUUGAAACGAAUCGGGUGGACAGCCCUAAAAAGGUCACGCGGGCGUUCCCCUCCAAGAGCUCCCCACAAUCUGUGUUGUCUAUCACCAAAUUUGAUGGAAAAAGGGGUAAAGAAGUUCGCCUCCAGAAGGUGUCCUUUUUUUUCUUUCCCUUUUCCCCCCAUUUCUUCUUCCCGUUUUCCAAAUUUGCACGUUACGCGUAUCGAAAGUUCGGGGAGUACACACACGGACGGAUAACGCAACAAAAAUGAGUCAU